CCUCCCUCUCCGACUGAAGACUGGCUCAUUUAUAGAGGAUCUUCCAAGGAUGUAAUUGGGAGAAACCAUUCACAGGAGCAGACGGUCAGUGGAGCAUCGGCUUCAGGACCGACACAGGACUGAGGGUUGGCAACAUUUACACCAUAACAUCACCUGUGAUGCAGUUAAGAUCAAAGCAGGAGCAACAGAUUGCCCCCAGUUGCGAUUGUAGAUGCAGAUGAUGCUCUCUCGGGUCUGGAAAGGAAGCAGAUUCUGCAGCUGACGUCUCCUGGGCUCUGAGAGUCAGUUUGGGAAAUUACAACAACACUGAGCAACAGAAAGGGAAAGCUUUGAUUCAGACGGAAAGCAACAAGCUGGGCGUCAACAUCACCUCCACCACAAGCGUCUCCUCCCAUCAUCCUUCCUUUCGCUGAGGAGGACCGGGCAUCCGAGCUGUGAAUGCACAAACAGCAGGAGGAUUUGAGACAUUCACAGAGCAGAGUUUAGAGGAGUUUUUCUGUGGAACAUAACAAGCAAGAUUGGAUUUUGUCAGCGUGAAGGAGCAGGACAGACAAUAAUAGGUCUAUCAGACUAUCACCUGGACUUCUGAGGACAGCAAAGGAGGAGCAGGAGGAUGUACGCCAGCAUCUGCCAGAGAUCAGAAGCAAAACAAGAACCAUAGAGGUGGAGCAGAAAUGACAGAAAGAGAUUUAACUCUGCUUCGCAACCACAGAUAGAUAACUUAAAAAAGCCAUAAAUAAAUUUGCCAAUCAUCAAAAGUGGGCGACGAACAGAAAGAUAUCUGACUUCAGAAGGAUGUACUUGCAACACUGGAGCUUGCAUUUCGCCUAACGUUCAGAAGACCAUUUCUUCUUCAACGUCAACUUCUGCUGCGAGGACGUUUCUGCACCGAUUUGUUCCGGUGCAAGUUUUGGGGUUCUUGCUCGACUCUUUCUUUUCCAGGGUGAGGUGGAUCUGCCGUGGGGGGCAGCUGACAGCCUUCCAAGACGCCGCGAGCCGUACUCCGCGUGAAGAAUGCCCAGCCGCGCCUGGCCAAGCCGGCCGACCCGGGCCCGACGCCGGGCCUCUACAUGGAGCGCUCACAGAGCCGCAUCAGCCUGUCGGCGUCCUUCGAGGCCCUCGCCAUCUACUUCCCCUGCAUGAACUCCUUCGACGAGGACGAUGGGGUGGAUACAGAGGGAAGGAAGUUGAAGGGAGGCAUCCAGAGGAGCACGGAGACGGGUCUGGCUGUGGAGAUGCCAAGCCGGACCGUCCGACAGGCCAGCCACGAGUCCAUAGAGGACAGCAUGAACAGCUACGGCUCUGAGGGAAACCUGAACUACAGUGGCAUGUGUUUGGCGUCGGAUGCACAGUUCAGCGACUUCCUGGAUGGGAUGGGACCGGCUCAGUUUGUUGGUCGACAGACGCUGGCAACAACAUCCAUGGGUGACAUAGAGAUCGGUCUGCUGGAGAGGAAUGGAGGUCUGGAAGUGGAGGUCAUCCAGGCCAGAGGACUCACCAUGAAACCAGGUUCAAAGGGACCUCCAGCGGCCUACAUCAAGGUUUACCUCCUGGAGAACGGGAAUUGUGUGGCCAAGAAGAAGACCAAGUCAGUGAGGAAGUCUCUGGACCCUCUCUACAACCAGGCCCUGGUCUUCUCCGAGAGCCCACAGGGGAAAGUGGUGCAGGUGAUCGUUUGGGGCAACUAUGGACGUAUGGACCGCAAAUGCUUCAUGGGCGUUGCUCGAAUCCUAUUGGAGGAGCUGGACCUCAGCACAAUGGUGAUUGGCUGGUACAAGCUCUUCCCUACGUCCUCCAUGGUGGACCCAACGAUGGCGCCCCUCAUUCGCCACUCCUCCCAGAUGUCCCUAGAGAGCACCAUUGGGCCCUGCUGUGAGCGAUCCUAAGACUAAAGGAAAUUAUCAAGCUUUGUUGUUGCGGCUCCGUUGCGACCGAAUCCUAAGACACUUUUUCAAAUAGCCUGUAGCCCUGCACCUGGGUCAGCCAGGUGGUACUGCCGCUGGAGCUGAUAGGUGUAAAGUAUCUUAUUAAGGGCACUUUGACAGGUCCAACCACACAUGGGAUGGACCCAUCCCCUGAUAUGGAACUGACUACUAACUAGUAAGUCCUUUUGACACUCAUUGGUAGUGUAAUUCUUUUGAUAUGGUAUCAGGGUUUCCUGGGACUCACAGGAAGCACAUCUCUCUGUUGUUGCAACCGACAGCCUCUCAGACUCACAGGAAAAUGUCUUUGACGAGAAAACAAAACCCUUCUUAAUGAGGAUACUUCAAAGGAGGGCUCAGUAUGCCGACAUCGAUCACAUCCUAUUGGGACCACAAUGCACUGCAGGCUCAGCUUUGCUUCAGCUACGCGCCUUCACAGCCUACAAUGGGUUCUUAAUCCCAGGACUGCUUGUUGUCUUUCUGCUUCUCUGCUAAGGAGCUGGCUAUAUGUCCAUCCACGAGUCUGAGAGGAAGUGAGACGGCCCUCAGACUGAUGGAGACACCAGCCGCUCAUUUUGCUCGAGAAUCGAGGGGAAUGGAUCAGGACUACAAAGAACUUUAAAAAAGUAUAUUAUUACUUAUUUGUUGUUACCAACCAAGAUGUCUUGGUUUCAAACACUCAAGUUGAGCUGUUUUUCGUUUAUUGUGUCACACAUCUGGCCCUUCAAUGUUCACUUCAUUCAGUACUAUGUGUUUGUGAAUGGUGGCAUCUUCUGGAAGGAUCUUGGGGAUCCAGAGUACUGCUGAGUUUCUUUCUUUACCAGUUAGUAAGGACUUCAGAUAAAUACAUUGACCUUUAGUGCCAGGUCUAAAUUGGUCCCUGAGUGGAUAUAAAUGUUUUUAAACAGCAUUAGCACGUUCUAAGUUCUCAAAGAUCAUGAUGCCUGUACUAUUUUCGUUACAAUCAAUCGCGACAUUAGCUGAUUUUACUGAUUAUUUUGCCAUCUCUUGUUGAAGGUGCUUUUUAGAUAAAUCAGCCAGUGUUGUGUUUGGUAGGAAUGAGAACAGCAGCUUUGUAGGUUUUGAGAAAUAUUGAUUGACAAACCCAUUUUACUUGGUUAUUUCUUGAAUCUGAAUGAUUGCUUGCUUCUACAAAUGUCCAGCUUAUCACAAACAGUUUGAUAUCCGAACUCACAGAGGAUAUCGUAAAAUAAUUGGUUUCUUGUCACCAGAAGCCUUCUUAGUGCAUAAUGUUAUGCUCACGUACCUUGCCAUUCCUCAAAGCAGAUAACAUGGCAGAUACAUAUGCAUGCAACAUAUUGUAUAAGAUGAAGAUGCAAGUGACUUGUACGUCCGAAUGCAAUGUGGUUGAUCCUUAUCUGGAUACAAUCUGGAAACAACUGGCAUGAAACAGUCAAAUGGGUCUGACAUGUUGAGGGUGCUUUGUCCUCAUUAUGUUCUAAUAUGUUCUUUGUUGUUCUUAAUGUUCACAUCCACCUGGUAGUGCAGGACACAUCAAAGCAGGGGGAGGUAUUGUCCCUCUGUGGCUGAAAACGUGUUGUAUAUCGCAGUUUAAAUGUAGUUUGGAAUACUCUUAAGCUAAAGUCUACAAGUAGAUUUGAAGAUUCCUCCUCUCUUUUUUUUUUUUAGCUUUGGCUAAUAACAGUUUCUACUGUGCCAAUUCCCACCAGCAAGUGUCUUCUCCUUCCUCUUCCUCAAUUACCUUGCAGCAUGUGCUAUUGUGAGGGAGGAACAGAAACAAGCCCUCACAAGAUCUGACAGCAGUGUUCAGGCUGCACAGAGGAGCAUCCCUUUUAUUCUAAAUUACAGGCCUAAUCCACAAGGCAACUGGUGAUUAGCCAUGCAAUGCCUCAGUGUGGAGAGAGGAGGAGAGGGGAGGAAAGGGAAAGAGAGAGGAAGGAAGCAUGAAAUGUACUUUGCAUCAUCCAAACAAAAGAUCUGCCUGGACUGACGUCAGGUUUUACAGAUUUUUAAAAAAGGACACAAACAUAGGAUGAAUUUAAAGGGAACACAAUGUGCACACUGUAGAGAAAAAUAACAAAAGUAUACAGUAUGUAUUUCUUUUGGGCACUUUAUGAUUCCUAAUGUAUUUUUUAUGUGUAAAUAUUAUGGUUGUUAGUGUCUUUUGGAGUGAGCCAAAGUGUAUCUAUAAUAACUUAGUUAAUAAUGUUAAAUCUUUGAGGGAGUGAAGGGAUAUCUUGCUAGUUACCGUAAGAUUGUAGCAUUAGCUGGUAGCAUCCGCAUGACUGAUUAAAACUAAUAAAUAAUUAGCAGACUACUUGAUAAGAUUAAGCAUGAGCUACACGCUACACAGAAAGAGGUGAAACGAAAUACAGUAUCGGUUGAGACCCAACAUGAAUUGAGGAAUACAUUUAUAUGUAGCAAUUUAUUUCAGAUUCAAAGUGUACUACAUUUCCUUUUGGGCUUUUUACUGAUGCUGUAUAAUUACUAAAAGAAAAAAAGGUUCGUUUUUUUUUUACUUUGAAGCAAACAUUCUGAACAAAAUUGAAUUUGUCUAAUGCUUAUCAACACAAAUUUGAAAUAUAACACAAUUUUGAGUAAUUUUACGUAAAUGUUUGCGAGUCAACAACAUUUUAACUAAACAAUACAAUUUGGAGUAAUUUAAGUUUUUUUUGUGCAAAAGUGGCCUCAUUUUGCCAGUAGCAGUGUUGCAGGGAUAUUAAUACUGUAUUCAUUUUCAAACAAAUCAGCUACAUUCUGUAAAGCAAUAAUCAAAAACAUCCAGUCAUUGCCAUGUUUUAGUUGCACAGUGUUCAUUGCAGUCAAACUCAUUAAGUAAAAUGUUUGACAAGACAAUGUAGGUUAUCUUGUUGCAUUCUGUGUGAUGUAUAUAUCAGGACUUUUGUGAUUCCAAAAACUGUUAUCGCUUAAGUCAUUUUUUCCUGCUGUUCAAAACUUUAAGGAGCCAGGUUUUUAUGAUUUUAAAACCUUGAAAAUAGCUUGAAGAAUCUGAAGGCACUAUUUGUGUCUUUUUCUUUGAGAGUGACAUUGUGUGCAUUUCUAGACAUACAUAUCAUAUCAUGUCCUCUCUUGGGGAAGAGGUGGAGGAAGAGUGGGAGGAUGAAAGGGUGGAAGCAGAUUCUCUGUUAGGAAAUGGUGGCUGCUGGAUCCCAAAAGCAAUACACCUCCUCCAGUCUGCUCCCAAACUUUCCCCCUCAGAGGCCGUCCCCAACCCAACCCACAAGCCAUCUGGUACUCUCUCAUUCAAAGUGUCCCACAUUACCUCCAGUGAAUACACUUUCAGGUUGAGCGACACCGGUGUGAGUUGAAGUGACAUGGGGUUUUGUAACUUCUGUUUCUCAACACCAUUCCGGGUUAAAUGACCUCUCACAUUAUGCGUUGCUGGUCAUUAUAGUGUCAACUCAAUUAGUCUUUAUCCCCAAAUCUUCAAAAACAAAUCUUCCUUUUCUGUCUUGAUGAUCAUUUUAUCUACAGCAUUCACAGCCUUAACUUCUAUAAGCCAUCCGAAAGGCUCCUAAAAUACUAAAAAGGUGAUGUUUGGUUCUGGGAUACUAGAUGAGAAAGUUCUACAGGCUGUCAGGAACAUGUGAUAUGGGCAACUUUUGGAGGCAAUGCUGAUGGAAAACCUAUUCUACAAGGGAAGCUUUUUCCAACAAUAUCUUUGUUAAUUAUGACCAUUUCUUUGGUUAAACACAUUGAUCCAUCGUGUAACUUUAUUGGAGCAAAUGAUAACGCAUUGACUUAUUUAAAAAAGCCAUUUAAGGAUUGCAAAAUGCCAUUUACAAGUAUACUGUAAUGUUUUUUAAUUGUUAAAUACCAAUCAUCUCAUCGCUUGAUGAACCUCAAAAAAUGCUAGCAUAAGCUAAUCUUAGCAAAGUGUUAAGCAGCAAAUGCUCAUCUGCGUUGCUUUCCAUGUGUUGCUCAUGCAUUACUGCCUUGAGGACCUGAGUGUUAUUGAAAGAGACAAAGUGGUGUAACUUUUUUCAUUUCACCGCACUGUCAUUUAAAACACACACAUAAAAAGUGUAUUUGCAGAUUCUUUGGCAAACUGUUAUAUUGUUGAGUAAAUGCACAAUUUGGUGUAUUGUUAUUCUAUUCCAACUGUCAAUAAAAUAGUUUA